CGUAGCACUCACGUACACGACUCGAGCGGCGCGGCCGGCUGUACGCACCACUAUCGUCGCCGACGAAAAAGUUACAUUAAAAAAAUAAGCAGUAAAUUGUAAUCUGUGGCAAUAUGGCGUGAUUUUAUUGCGCGAUAAUUGAUAAUUUGUGAAUGACGAUGUGAACUCUUUAUGUGGUAAAAGUUUUAAAUUAGUUUCAAAGUGAUUUUUAAAGAAUAUUUUUAGUUGUUACAAUUAAUUAUUGGAAUUUAGAUAAGUGGAAUAAAUAUAGAGAUUAGUAAUUAAUUUACUGUAAUUAGGAAAAUAUUUACAAUUUAUUAUUACUAUGAAAUUGUGAAUGGAAUAACAAAAGUGUUAGUGAAUUUAUUUAUUACUUCGAAAAAUCUUCUCAACUGGUCAAAGCAUCAUUAAAACAUCUGCAUUGUAUAAAGAAGCCUGAAAGGGCAGGGCCCCAUGCUACGAUGCUGGACGACUUGGUGCCCACGCUAGCGACCAACAAGACUACGGUUCCAGGCCACGACCACACCUUCUACGUCACUUUCUUUGAUGAACACAACAACAAAUAUAUCAACCAAAGCCAAAAUGGCACUGAGGCCUACCAGUCUUUCAUCCUGCCAUGGUGGCGCCAAGUGCUAUGGACGGUGCUGUUCGCCGGCAUGGUCGUGGUGGCCACCGUGGGGAACCUCGUCGUCAUCUGGAUAGUACUCGCCAACAAACGGAUGAGAAGCGUCACCAAUUACUUCUUAGUGAACCUGUCGGUAGCAGACGCCAUGGUAUCAACUUUAAACGUGACCUUCAACUUCACAUAUAUGCUGAACUCUGAUUGGCCGUUUGGACACUUCUAUUGCAAGUUCUGCCAGUUCAUCGCUGUGCUCAGUAUAUCGGCGUCAGUGUUCACGUUACUGGCUAUCAGUAUGGACAGAUACGUGGCCAUCAUGAGUCCACUUCAACCGAGACUUGGCAAGCGAGCAACUUUAGGCAUCACCGCCGCUAUCUGGGUGUGGAGCUCAAUCCUCAGCGCUCCUAACCUGAUCUACUUCACCACAGAAAUGGACUACCUACCUGACGGAUCAAUAAGACGGGUGUGUUUCUCUGAAUGGCCCGACGGUAUGACUACGCAGUCUCAGCUCGAAUACUGGUACAAUGUGGCGUUCAUGGUGCUCACGUACUUCUUACCCAUCAUGUCGAUGACGUACACAUACUCCAGGGUGGGCAUCGAGCUAUGGGGCUCCCAGUCCAUCGGGGAAUGCACACAAAGACAACUGGACAACGUCAAAAGUAAACGGAGGGUUGUAAAAAUGAUGAUCGUAGUCGUGGUGAUAUUCGCCGUCUGCUGGCUGCCGUUCCACGUCUACUUUCUGGUGACGUCAUACUACCCAGACGUGGUCAACUAUCCUCACAUCCAAGAGAUAUACCUGGGCAUCUACUGGCUUGCCAUGAGUAACUCCAUGUACAAUCCCAUCAUUUACUGCUGGAUGAACUCCAAGUUUAGAAGAGGAUUUAAGCAAUUCUUCUGGUGUUGCGGCGCAUUUGGUGGAGUUGGGUUGGACAGGCGCAGGGGAUUCGGGACAGAGCGGCUCGACAGAUCGGUGCGAUCCUUAUCUCCUAGCAGGAAGAAUGGUACCAGUUUAUUCAAGACGACAAAAUUCAUCAAAAACCCACCUCCUGGCUCUCCCCACUUGCUCCAUGCAAAUAAAAUACACAAGCACUAUCCGAAUUUCGAUGCAUAGCACUUACAACCAGACGCUGGUGAGCAC